AUGAUACAUCCCGGCCACAUCGAAGUUCAAGCCAACCCUGACCUUCUACCUGGUCCUUUCCGCGUGGUAACGGCCAUUGCCACCACCGAAACUAUGGCUCCCUACUGUAACGCUCACGUUCUCGCAUCCAGCGCAGCUGUGAAUGGAACCAGUACGAGCGUACUCCUCUCCACCGUGGUGCUCAUAAUAGUAGACGCGUAUGGACAAGAGCACUUCGCCAGAGCCCUGUUGGACACAGGGUCACAGCCAAACGCGAUCAGUGAACGGUUGUGCCAGCAGUUGCAUCUUACCCGCACGACAGUCAACGUUCCCAUUUCGGGAGUAGAUGGAUCUCUUACGAAAGCACCAGUCACCAGCGAUACCCCAGCAGUUUCGUACAAUACUGCCAAUUGGAAGAUCCCAAAAUCGGUUUCAUUAGCCGAUCCCGAAUUUAACGUAUCCCGUAGAAUUGAUAUCAUAAUUGGUGCAGGCCAUUUCUACACCUUGUUGCGUGACGGACGGAUCAAAUUGUUUCACAAUCUUCCAAUACUUGUGGAAACCGUAUUCGGUUGGAUCGUGGCUGGCCGUAUGGAAAGCAACGAUUUGGGUGAAAAGGUAGCUUGUCACGUAGCCCAAAUCCCGUCAAUUGAUGAUCAGCUAGAACGCUUUUGGAAUCUUGAGGAUGUGAGCGGAACAAACUAUUCAGUAGACGAGCAGCAAUGUGAGGACUUCUAUCGUCGAACCGUUUCUCGAGACAACUCUGGCCGAUAUAUCGUUCGCAUGCCCAGGCACCCACAAUUCGAACAGAUGUUUGGAAGCUCGAAGGAGACAACUCUUCAACGAUUCCGUCGGCUGGAACGAAUGCUGGAAAGCAAGCCAGAACUGAAACCGCAGUACCAUGAUUUCAUCAGAGAGUAUAUUGCUCUUGGACACAUGACAGAAGUACCCGAUGGCGAUGUUGAUCGCCCAGAUGCCUGCUAUCUUCCUCAUCAUCCCGUGGUGAAGGAGAGCAGUUCGACGACUAAAGUUCGUGUCGUUUUUGACGGCUCAGCAAAGACGAGUUCCGGUCAUUCAUUAAACGAAGCCCUCCUCGUUGGACCGGUCGUUCAGGACGAAUUGAUCACGAUCGUUUUGCGUUUUCGACAGUUCCCAAUUGCGCUCGUAGCGGACAUCGAGAAAAUGUACCGCCAGGUAUCACUACAUCUAGACGAUCGACCGCUCCAGAGAAUUUUCUGGAGAUUUAACAGUAUCGAGCCCAUCAAAGCCUACGAACUCUCCACGAUUACAUAUGGCCUUGCCCCGUCCUCGUUUUUGGCAACACGGACGCUGCAGCAGGUGGUAGAAGAUGAAGGUUCCAAUUUUCCGGAAGCCAGCCGAGUCGUGAAGAAAGACGUGUACGUGGACGAUUUGAUUUCUGGUGAAAACACUGUAGAACGAACUAUUCAACUACAAAGGGACUUGAUGGAACUUCUACAGCGAGGCGGUUUCCGUUUGCGGAAGUGGGUUAGCAACUUCCUCGAAGUACUCUCAGCGAUUCCUGGAGAACUCCAAGGCACACGAUCCCCCAUGCAGUUUGAUCCUGAAGAAACAAUAAAAACUCUCGGGAUCUGCUGGGAACCGGAAACUGACACACUUUGCUUCAACGUUUCCAUCAAUCCGAAGAAUUCGGUGCCAACUAAAAGGGAAAUUUUGUCGACGAUUGCCCAGCUGUACGAUCCUCUUGGGAUUGUGUCCCCCGUCAUCGUUCAAGCCAAAAUCUUGAUGCAACAGCUCUGGCUCCUGUGCUUAGGAUGGGACGAUGAAAUUACCCCAGAUCUUCACCAGUAUCACACGUUUGCGGACGCGUCAAAGGAUGCAUAUGGAGCAUGCCUUUACAUCCGCUCGGAAGACGCCAACGGCAACGUCAAAGUAAAUCUGCUGACUUCUAAAUCCAAGGUGACCCCGCUUAAACCGAUCAGCAUUCCACGACUCGAGCUACGCGCAGCUCUUCUCGCAUCCCGUUUGUUCGAAAAGGUAGUUCCUCUCAGAAUUAUUUUUGGUCUGAUUCCACGGUAG